UUGUCACCACAUUUUAUUCACAUGGAUUUAUCUGAUAGGAUUUUUGUUCUUCAAUACUAUUGAUUUUUUUUUUUUUUUACAUACAUAUUUAAUUAAGUAUUUAUUACUGUUUUAUUGUUCGUUUGUUUAGCCCAUCAAUUUAGCUCAGCUAGAAUAACUCCGGUGGCCCCUAUCACUCUACUGCCUCCACCUGCUCGGGCAGCCCCGCAGCUGAACUCCAGCCCGGGUUUUCCUGUCCACUCUCCGCUCCAUAGCCGACGACUGGUUUGUGGCCAGCAGAGGCCGUGGGUUGCUUCUGGUGGAGGGAGAGUGAGCGGGUCUGCCCCGAAUGGAUUGACAUAAGAGGGAUUUAAAUUUUAACGGGUGCGCCGUGCUUCCACGCUGAGCCAAAAAACCCGGCCGUUCCUCCUCGAUGCCCGCCGCCGUGGUCGCCUUCCGUGCCAUGUCCGCGUGUCACCGCGGAGAGAGGCUCCAACUCGCCCGCAGUCUAUAUUUGCUCGAGGAGGGAAACCAAUUCAAGGUCUCGCUGUCUCGCUGGAGCGGGGUAUUAUUAGCAGUUCAGACAGUGCAACUGUCUCUCCGUGGUGAUGCGCUGUAAUUACAGCCUAACGAUACCAUCACACAUAACUGAAGGUUAAAAAAGCAAAACAGGAUUUUGAGGAUAACAUUUUUGGUUGAGCAUCGAUAAGGCAGACACUUGGCUCCCAUGCUGGCUGUCAAAAGUCUUCUCUCCCACACCUUCAGCCAUGCCUGCUACUACCAAAUCCAAAAGGAGAAAAACACCUGUAAGGAGGAAAACCCGCCAAAUAGGGACCAGCACCAGAGGGCAAAUCUGCAACUCCACUAAGCAAGGAGGAAGAGUCACACAGAAGUCCAAGAAAAAGCCUGCAGAUUCCAAAAAGUUAACAAAGAAGGCGCAGACUCUUGGCCGAACUCUUCGAAGACGAGGAUCUGAUGAUGUGUGUCCCAAUCAAGACCUCAGGAAGUCCAAGGCUAAAAAUGUAACUGUUAACACGAGGCUUAGACGAUCGAGCAGUCUGCCUGAAACCAAGCUACAAGCCCCGUCAGGACAGAGGAGGUCUCUGCGGGACACACACGUGUCUGUGACCCCCUCUCUUAAACAGAAGAGAGGACGGAAAGCCAGCUCAGAGAGAGGAGCAACACCCCAGCACCAAAACACAAAACGCCAGACCUCAAGCACCAGCAUCAACGAGUCAACUUUAGACGAAGAAAAAGAAAACCAGACAAAUGAAGAACUUUCCUCGCUUAGUGCUGAAGCAGAUAUUCCUUCAGGUAUCGAAGACCCGAGUCCUGGUGCCGGUGACGCAAAAGAGAGCAGAGCCUCCAAAGUCCCUUCACCAGAAGGCAGUGACAUGCUGGACGACAGUUUGCAGCUUGAAUGUGACAGACAUGUUACCCAGCAAGACCAAAAGACUGUCAUCACUGACGGUGACGGCGACUUGAAGCAUGUUUCUGGGCAUCCGGCGAGUGUCGAGAGGGAUGAGCCCACGCUCUGCAGCGGAGGCCGUAAAGACUGCCCUUCUGGCACCUCCGAGUUAACGAGCUCAUCAGGGGUGCAGGACGGCAAUGGUAAAGGCAAUUUAUCUUUUGCUGGAAAUGAGAGUGAUCUGCUUGCCAAUGAUGACAAGCCAGAUGGUGCUUUCUCCCUUCAAGAGGAGCAGGAUAACAUGUUGGGCACAAAAGGCAAACGAAUAGACGAAAGCUUGCCAUUCCGUCAAGAAAAUGAGGAGAUAAAUCAUGAGAGAGGAGGGAGUCUGCAAGAGGAGACACAAAAGGAGACUGUGGAAGAGAUGGAGGGGACUGUUGAGAGGCUUGGUAAUUUUGAGGGGGAAGACAAAGGAGGGGAAAUAAUGGAAAACAGGGUUUCCAGUGGUCCUACUGACUCCCGUCAAAGCCCACCUUCUUCCAACAAUCAGCUUGCAGCACAGUCAGAAUCACCUGCUCCUGCACUACUUUUCAGCAACAGAACUACCUCAAAUCCCACCAAAGUCCUCUGCACUUCUGAGGAUCUGAGCCAGCAGAAGACAGACAUUAUACCUGUCGCUGACGGUGCUAAACUUCUAGUCCCGGGGCCAUCGGCUGUCCCUGACACUGCCUUGAAGGUGCAGACUGUUAUAGUGCAAAGAAACAUGCCGGUGAUCGUCCACAGGGACUCCCUCAAACCCUUGAACAGCUUUGGGGGAUCAUACCAGUUCCAGAGCUCAGUGAUUCCUCAGCCUCGAGGAGAAAGAGAAGCUGAGACCAAAGAUUUGGACUUCAAGCAACAUGGAUACAGCUGUCAAAAAGAAGCGUUUUUACCACCAUUUCCUCAGCCUGAGCCAGCAGACACCUUUGAGGCUGGAAUGCCAGAGCAGGACUUGGUACCAAAGAUCUCAGCUCCUCUGGACAGUAGCUCCACCUUUUCCUGCAGCUCCGAAAGCACUCGCUCCUCUUUUUCUUUUGACACCGAAUCGGAGUCGGGGUAUGGAGACCCCAUCCCAUCCACCUUGAGGGGACAAGAGGAAGCUGGUUUGCUCCUCUUGUCAUCUUCAAAACUGAAGCGGAGGGAGAGGAAGAAGAGGAACAGGUGUGGGACUUGUGAGCCGUGCUUGAGGAAGAUUAACUGUGGCCAGUGCAGCUGCUGCCUGAAUCGCAGGACGAGUCACCAGAUCUGUAAGCUGAGGAAGUGUGUGGAGCUCAAGAGAAGAAAACCUUCAUCUUCACCCAGUUGUUCCGCGGAAGAGGUGAUUCCAGAAAGUGGGUCGGUAAAUGGCAAAAGCAAGGCACAGAUGGAGGACACCCACAUGGCAGCAGAGGAGGAUGAGGGGGAGGAAGGCCACAUACCUCAAACCACCGCCGUCUCCCCGUCCCUCAUCCACAACCUUGCCUCGGACCUCGGCGGACGACCAGCACUUAUUAAAAGUGAGCCCGGCUUGGAGCGGACCAGCUUUGCACUUCAUCGACGUUUAAGCUCUUUCUCGAAUGUUCAGAAUGGUUCUGCAGAGAACCUGCUAAAAGCUAACGGUGCUAAUCUAACCAGAGGGCCUGACCUGAAAUCUGCAUGUUAUAGAACUUUAGAGCCUAAAAGAUCUUGUGAGAAUGGACCCAAGAAUCCAGCGGAUGACAUGUUGGUUCCGCUGAAGAAGAUCAAACAGGAGGAGCCGUGGGUGUGGAUCACCGAGCAAGCCGCCCCACGGCUGAGAGAAGACGACCACAUCUGCGAAGACCCUUUGUCUACUCUAGCGGCCGUAGUCUGUUUGUCGGUCACAGAGAGGAGAGGUCUGGAGGAAAAACUCUCCAGCCGGCGGUCUUCCAUUCUUCGCUCCAUCAAAACAGAACCUCCAGAUUUGCACUUUGUCAAAAAAGAGGACUUAGACGACGACGACUGGUGUCAGAAAAGCACUCCUUUAAACUCGCAGAGGACCGUAAAAUGUGAACCCUCUCCAAAUGUCCUGUUACCAAGCGUGCAGUAUUUGGCAGAAAGGAGAAACCUUAGUUUUGAUCAGGCCGUGGCUAUAGAGGCCUUAACUCAACUGGCAGCUAUACCUCAAAGCGCCCAAGGUGCCGUCAAAACUGAAAAUCGUCACAUUUCCACGGCAAAUACAGCCCUGCAGGAAGCUAAACCGAUGUCAGCUAUUUGCUACAACAAAGUCUCAGUUAUCAGCUCACCGCUUCACCAGAUGUCGGUCAUACGCCCCCCUGUGGCCAGGCAGGGAAAUGUUAUCCAGUGCUCCCGGGGGUUAAACCCUGACACAAAGAUUCAGGUGCCAGACCGGUUGGAGAAAAUCUCCAGAGAUAAAGCAGCCUUCAGGUUGGGGGAGCGAGGUAACGCCUCCCACCCCACCAGGUUAGACUCCAGCCAGACAAAGUUCAGUUCUGCUCAGUUCAGUCAGGUGGACGGUGCCAGGAUUCAGAACAAAGGUGCAAGGAACAGCGAUGAGGAGGAAGUGGCAGCUCAACUUGCCGACCUCGCUUUCAUCAUCCAGUCGCGCCACAAUCAACAAUCGGAGAACAACCCUCCGAAGGGAACGCCAGUGUCCGCCAUCAAGUACAACAACAACCACAAGUUACAGCACCAGCCUCUCAGUCAGAAAAACCCUCUGGCAAAAAAGCAAAAGUCCACGCCCUCCAAGCCCAGGAAGAGGAAAAGCGAUGGGUCGCAGGAACCGCACAACCGAAGGACUCCCCUCUCAAAGCGCAUGCCAAAUGGCGAGAUCCCCCACAAGGGUAAAGGUCACAAGAGCCAAGGGAAAUCAGGCCCUCACCUCAAGAAUAACCUGUUUCUGCCUCAGGCUCAGAUUGAUCUGAAGAAAUACGUAGCGGCAACUCAGGAGGAACCGGCCAGUCUCUUCGGGCAGAACUUAAGCACUCUAACAAAAACCAAUCACAACAGUGGUCAAGAAAACCAGCCGUGGUCCUUCUCUAACGGCCCACUUCACAAACACAACCCAUGCAAUGGUUAUGCUGCAGGACCAGAAGAUGUCUUAUCUCAGGUAGGAAAGCCCUGUGAGGGGCUGCAGAACACCAGCGUAGAAUUUCCCAGCCUCUCGACGGGCCACCAUAGCUGGGCUAACGGAUUCUCAGGGGCUCCUCAGUCUCCUCCUCCAAGCCAGCAGAGCUACUACAAGCUGGAGAAGUCAGGACCCAUAGCUGUCUUGACCACUGCUACCGAUGGGGUUCAGUGCCCCUCUGCAGAAUCCACUCCAACCAAGAACAGCGUCAACAACUUUCUAGAGUCUCCCAUGAGUUAUCUGGAUACUCCUACCAAGAACCUGAUCAACACCCCUUCCAAAAAACUGGCUGAUCUUCCAUCCUGUCAGUGUGUGGACCAAAUCAUCGAAAAGGAGGAGGGCCCUUACUACACCCAUCUCGGGGCAGGACCCAGUGUUGCUGCAGUGAGAGAAAUGAUGGAAAACAGGUAUGGUGCCAAAGGAAAUGCAAUAAGGGUUGAAGUGGUUGUUUACACUGGGAAAGAAGGCAGGAGCUCCCAGGGUUGCCCGAUUGCUAAAUGGGUGAUCAGGCGCGGCAGCGAGGAGGAGAAGCUGCUGUGCUUGGUGCGCCAGAGGCCGGGUCACUCCUGUGACAGCGCCGUGUUGGUCAUCCUCAUCUUGGCCUGGGAGGGAAUCCCUCGGCCCGUGGCGGACCACCUUUACCGGGAGCUCACAGACACCCUCUUUAAGUACGGCUCUCCAACCAGUCGGCGCUGUGCACUUAAUGAAGAUCGCACGUGUGCGUGUCAAGGGUUGGACCCGGACACUUGCGGAGCCUCCUUUUCCUUCGGCUGCUCCUGGAGUAUGUAUUUCAAUGGCUGUAAAUUUGCUCGCAGCAAAGUGCCCCGCAAGUUUCGCCUUCAUGGAGACUUUCCAGAGCAGGAAGAAAAGAUAGAACGCAAUCUCCAGAGUCUGGCCACUGACCUUGCACCGCUCUACAAAAAACUGGCCCCACAGGCUUUCCAGAACCAGGUAGAGCAAGAGGUGGCGGGGAGCGACUGCCGUCUGGGCAGAAAGGAGGGUCGUCCCUUUUCUGGAGUCACAGCGUGUGUGGAUUUUUGCGCCCAUGCUCACAAGGACACUAGCAACAUGAACAAUGGCAGCACUGUGGUUUGCACUCUAACAAAGGAAGAUAAUCGCGCGGUGCGUAAUAUUCCUGAGGACGAGCAGCUCCAUGUACUGCCACUUUAUAAGGUCUCUGACACGGAUGAGUUUGGGAUGGUUGAGGGCCAGUGGGCCAAAAUCCAAAGUGGUGCUCUGCAGGUUCUGUCCGCUUUUCCUCGAGAGGUGCGUCUUCUGGCUGAGCCUGUGAAAUCGGCUCGUAAGAUCAGACAAGAGGCUCGUCUGAAGGCCCAAGCGGAGAGGAUGGAGAAGAAGCUCGGGAUGAGCUCUCCCAGUCCAGCCAAAGUAAAAACGGAGAUUGCCAGCAAAGACUACUACAGCGCCUACAGACUACCAGCCGGACCUUCUCCUGAAAAGGCAACCCCAGAGAUGAGUCAAACCAGCGCUUACAGCCAAGGCACCAGCAGCUACUCCACCUCAGGGGUUCCUCCACAAAGGGGCGUCAUCUCAUCCAACCACCUCCAGUUCGGGCAGAAUGGUUCAGUUCUCAACUGUAGGAUAAUGGGUGACCCAAUGAACGGUCAUUGUGAGCUGGGUACACCAGUAGAACAUUUGAUUCCCACCCAAAACGAUUACCUUUUUAAAACUGAGCCCAACAAGGUGCACUGCUCUCCUCUGGACAGACCCCCCCCUCCUUCGUCCUUCUCCCCCAGACCUACCUCUGAGGGUCUCUUCAGCAGACUCAAUGGACUUCACGGGGCAGUAGGAGAAGUCAGAGGUUUACCUCCCCCACAACCGACUCCCCCAGUUGAAGCGGAGCAUUUGAAGCAAGAGGAAGUGUGGUCAGACAGUGAGCACAAUUUCUUGGACAGUGACAUCGGCGGGGUCGCUGUGGCGCCGUCACACGGCUCCAUCCUGAUCGAAUGUGCACGGCGGGAACUCCACGCCACCACCCCCAUCCUCAGGCCGAACCGCAGCCACCCCACCCGCAUCUCCCUGGUCUUUUACCAGCACAAGUCCCUCAACGAGCCAGGCCACGGGAUGGCUAUGUGGGACGCCAAAAUGGCCAAGCGAGAGCGGGACCGGGAGGAAGAGGCCGAGAGGUCAAGAAUGGAGGCCGGCCUGAGCAAAGACGGGAAGGACGGUAAGGAGGGGGGAGAAGACGACGCAUGUGAGGCGGCGAGGAGGAUCAUGAAUGUCCCGACCCGUCAGGCGUGGACUCUUCCGAGGGACGGCGUCAUCACUGUGUCUCCGUAUGCUCUUACUCAAGUGACGGGCCCUUACAACCGCUGGACCUAAUCAGCAACUCAGAGCUCCCACGCCGUGUGCUUCUGCCUUACCUCACUCAACUCUCAUUUUGAUGUCGACUUCAUCGUGCUUUUCUAAAAACCUGUCGUCCGUCUGGCGACUAAAGCUCGUUUGCUUUUAACUGUGACUUUCGGUGUUGGUUUUCAUCGUAAACAGAUGGUGCUUUGAAAAGUUUAAUUUUAAACUGGUUUUAUACACUUAAGAACAAAAAAAAAAAAGAUGUGAUUAUUUAUUCUAAUCAUGAAAAUUUCUAUUUAAUUUCUGGUAUAAGCCUGUUUACUGCAAGAUUUUUAUGGUAAUCUGUACAGUGAGAGUUUACUUUUUAUUUCAGCCGAUAGUUCUCCUAUCAUGAAACAUUUGGCUUUUUCCUUUGGUGCCAUUCUCACUGUCAUCUCUAAUUGCAUUAAUAUUCUUCAUAUAUUUACUACGAAUUGUGACAUGUAGCAUUAUGCUUUUCCUUUUGCUGUUUCUGACUUGGUGAUUUAUGGUUUGUUCUUCAACAUCUGGAUCUUCUUAUUCACAGAUUUUUACCGCAUUUUUAAGAAGCACUUUUUUUAACUUUUUAAUGAACUAGUUCGGAACAAUAUAAACUUCUAUUUAAGUCAACUUUGGCAUCUGUUAUUUUAACAGUAUUUUGUUUCUACAUCUUUGAUACGGAUCAGAAUCAUGAAAUUAAAAACUUGAGCGUAAUCUUUACAUGCUGCAAAAAACAAAGAGCUCAACACUUUCGCACUUAACUGAUUACUAAACUCCUGGAGUUUUUCAUAGAUACUCUCUGUAAAUUCCACUUGGUGCUACAGGAGCCUGUUUUUGUUGUCUUAUCGGACAAAAGUCGGCCUUUUUCUGCUCAAACUCUGGAAAUGAACACCAAUGGAACUCUUCCCUGUGUUGCCUCAUGUUUGUGUUACGUUGCCGAACCACUCACUGAAAAGAUUACUGAUGAUGAGUGCACAGAUCACAUGAGGACUUUGUUUACAGAUGCAGGGUUACAGGGUUUAAAUGAAUCAGGAAUCUAAAUAAGCGAAACUCUUCAAUUUAAAGGACAACAUUUUAGCACACUUUCACUCACACUAACACUGAUGGCAUCCCGGUUUCUGUACAACUUUUAUAUUUGCUUUUUGGUGCUAAUAGGAGAAAAUGUAAAAGUACAGAAACUUUUUCUUUUUUUUAUAUCACACUGAUGGUGCUUUUCUUAGAAAUCACUCUUUUGUCAUAUAAUCAUUUCUGUGGAUCAGACUGAGAUGCAAAAGCCAGGAUGCUUGUUAAGUGCCAGAAUAAACCACAUCCUUGUGGCAUUGAUCCUGAGUUCAAGUGUCUUCCACAGUCUUUCUGUAAUAAAAAAAAAUCAUAACAUCCUACGUGCAAAAGAAGUGAAUGUAAACUGUUUCAAAUUUGCAAAGACGUGUUUAUGAGCAGCACACCGUGAAACUGAAGUAGUGUGUUUCUUUUCUAUAGCCUUUGAGAAUCCACGUGGAACAUUUUUAGAAGGAGUAAACAUCGAGCACCAGCAUUCAGAAACUGUAAAUAUGUAUGUGAACCACAUUGUUUUUACUGUAUUGGUGUUUAGAUGAUGGGUGGUCUCUGUUUGUUUGUUUUUUAAACUCAAUUACUGUAUGUUGCUGAAAGUAUUUCCAGUUUAGACUUGAGAAGAGACACAUUUUAGCAUUCCUUUUGUGGAUGGCUGAUCUCUUUUGGGAUUGUUAAAUAAAGUCAUAUUUAUAUUUUGGACCUGA